UCCCCACUCCUCUCUCAUCUCUCCCUCCUCUCGCUGCUUUCACUUCCCCAUGUUUUCACACCGUUGAACACACCAAGUGUUAGCUGCUACUUGUGGGCUUCAGCAGACAGCACGCCAAGGCAUCAGUGCAUCCACGGCUACAGAAACCAAGCAGAAUAAAUCAAUUCAAAAAACACCAAAACCCUACACAGCACAGCAGCACACGGAUUAAGAUAUACAGCCAUGAAAACGAGACUUGGUUGUCUAUCCAACAAAUCGGACUCAUGCAGCGACUUUUCAGAAUUUUUCCCACCUGGACCAGAAAGAUCCAUGCGAUACCUGAAGUUAUCCACAGAUGAAGUGUCCAGAUGGGCUGAUUCGUUUGACGUUCUCCUGUCAAACAAGUAUGGUUUUGCGGCAUUUAGAGCAUUCCUUAAAACGGAGUUCAGUGACGAGAACAUUGAGUUCUGGUUAGCUUGUGAAGACUACAAAAAGAUCAAAUCCCCUGCAAAGCUGAUGUCAAAAGCCAACAAGAUCUACAAGGAAUUUAUUGAUGUUCAGGCACCAAAGGAGGUUAACAUAGACUUCAGGACCAGGGAAGAGACCAGACUGAAACUUCUGGAACCAACAACCUCCAGUCUCAAUGAGAUCCAAACCAAGGUCUACAGCCUCAUGGAGAAAGACUCCUACCCUAGGUUUCUUCGAUCAAAGAUCUAUCAAGAGAUCGUGAACAGGACACAGAUGCACUGUCAGAGGAAGUCAGUUUAAAGAGGAAUCUCUAUGUUGUUUUGCUUGUGUGGUGAAAACCUAUAGAGAUAUUAGAGCAGACCUUUACUGUUAUACAUAUUGAGUUUGACUGAAUAUGCAUCGUAGAACUGUGAAGCUUGUUUGCACUUGUAUAGAGUAUAUAUUACCUGUUACUGUGCUCCCACGUGAAGUGACCUCCUCCCUAAGACUAUCACAGAUGAAUUUAUGUGUGUAAAAGCAUGUGAAUUAAAGUUUUGGGGUAUAGCAAUUCAAAAUCAAUACAGAUUUGUGAUUUCCUAGGUUUUAUUUUUCACCUUUUUGUGUUUUAAUUGAAGAAAAAAAAAGAGAGCUGAGUUGUGUCAGUUGUCUUGUAAAUAAUAAUAAUAAUAAUAAUAAUAAUAAUAAUAAUAAUAAUAAUAA